AUGGUUUCUUCCCGUUGGUGUGUAUCGAUAAGAGCAUGGCGUAACACAGAACUAGUGGAUCAUAAUGACUCUUCAUCAACAAUGAAUACUCGCCUGGAAAUCAAUUUUCGAAUCAUAAAAUUCUUGGUAACUCAAGAACAAGGAGUUAUAAUGCAAGAACAAGGAGCAACGAUGUCAAGAUUCAUUCAAGUUGAUUUUGGAGCGGUUCAUGAUGAGUUAAAACAAGUUCUGUUGCCACAAUUCGCCAAUCUAAUUGGAUCUCAAAGGUUUCAUCAUGAAGUUGCAGAUGGUUUAAUUGACUAUGCAAAAACCAGACAUAUCACGGGCUCGGCAAAAUCAUUAGUUAUUAGAAUAAAGAAGUUUCUUAUUUACGAUAGAGUUGAACGUUGGUUUGAGUCCAUAGAAAGUGAUCGUCUCAACAUGGUACCUGCGAGCAUGGAUACAAUCACAUCAUUGCCGGAGAAAGAGAUGAAGUACGAGAAUGAUGAUGCUGAAGUUGAGUUAUGUACAGUUUGCUUGGAAGAGAUUCCGGCAGGGUUGGUCAUCUCAACUCUGCCGUGUUCUCAUGUUUUUCACAACAAUUGCAUUAGAGAUUGGCUUGUGAGAAGCCACCACUGUCCUAUUUGCCUCUUUGAGAUCUCUACUGCGCAGUGA